GUGGAGUGUUCACUGAAACCCCAGCACCCGAGAGCAGAGACCCAUAUCUGCUUGUAAAUCUUCAAAAUCCAAGUGGAACCGACGCAGACAAACAAAUCCACAAGUUUUGGUGAAGUGCGCCGAAGUUUUCACGGAAAUGCUUCACCUGAAAUCUUCUCUCGGGAGCUGAAAAGUUUGGAGUCGGAGAGCGAGGACGCAGCAGGGAGACGCUGCAAAUGGAUCUGUAAAGUUUAACAAGGGCGUAGCUCCAGUGUGAGGUGGCAUGUCAAACCGUGACUCACUGGGGUUUGGGGACCUGCUUCCCCAGGAUGUGGUUGAAGUGUUCGCCCAGGAGAAGCACGGCAAAAGGGGGCUGAAGAAGCGCAGCCGUUCCCUUGGCCGAGCUUUCAGCUGGUUGAAGGGAAGGAGAAAGAAGAAGAAGAAGAAGCUCUGUUCUAACGGGCAGAGCCCCGGUUUAGGUCCUGCACUAGACCUGGCCUUGGAUAGACCCUCUGCUGGGCAUCAGGGUGGACACAAGGGAGGACAGAAGUCGGGAAGGCAGACUCCGCAGGGGAAUAGUCAUGCAAUCCCGAAGCGAGAUGAAAACGACAAGCCCCCGGCUCCCCAGCUGUUCCCAGAGAAUGUGUUCAUUGAGAGCAGCAGGCCCAAGUACCUGGAGGACCUCCACACCGAGGCUCUGGCGGGGCUGAAAAUGAUGCAGCAGGAAGGUACAGAGCACACUAAUUAUACAGAAACUGGCAACGGAGUGGAGUACUUGGAUAGUGAAAGCACAAUUUCAAUAAUGACUGUCCAAACAGAUGGGGAGAGUGGAGGUUUUGUAACAGACAGCACCCUUCCUGACUCAUCCUCCGUUGUCUCUAUGCGCUCAUCCGUCUCAACCAGAUCAUCUCGCUCCGGGAUCACCAGGCAAGGAUCAUCGUUCAGGCCACUGAAUUCUGGGAAAAAGUCAGAAAAAGCCAAAAGGAGGAGAAGACAGAGGAGGACCGUUGUUGGGAUCCCACAACAUGUACAGAAAGAGCUGGGCUUGGACAGAACUGGCUGGAUUCAUCCUUUAGAUGAGGAGCAGCUUCAUAAUGGCGAGACUGACAACAGCCCCAGCACUGACGGGCCGCAAGAGGCUGUAGAGUCCUCAAAGGAAGCCGGUACCAGCUUUAAAGCCAGGAACCCCGUCCAGCCCCUCAGCAAAGACAUAAUCGAGCAGCUCGGCGCUCCCCAUGCUGGUCAUAGGGACGACCUAGCCCUGCUGGACCGCCUGGCUCCAGACUUGGCGGGAGAACAGAGGCCUCGGAGCUUGGCAGUCCCGUGGAUGACCACGGCCUCCAGCCUCCAGCAGCAGCCGCCCAGCCCCGUCAUGACCAUGUCACCCCAGGCUGCAUACAUGUCCAAAAUCAUUCCUAACGCUGUGUUGCCACCUUCCAUUGAUGUGGUGGAAAUCAGCCGAAGCCGGAGUCGCAACAGUGUUCGCACUGUAAGCAAGAGCAGCCUGCUGCUGCCCAGUCCAGCUCCCUCCCGUGCGUCCUCUAGGGCCUCUUCUGUCAAGACCACGUCCUCCCACAUCACCUCUGUUUCUCAAUACAACUUUCCCAAUAUGUCCGACACCUCCUGUUGGAGCAAUACUGAUUCUUCAGAGACCUUGGUGUCCGACUCUUCAACCAUCUCUAGCAGCAGCACCCCCAGGCAAAAGAGAUCUCAGGAUGGGGAUGCUUCAUCUAAGGAAGACAAAGUGAGCGUUAUUUCCUCCAAUUGCACGUCCAAUAGCAAGCUCCGUAUUAAGGGAGACAAGAAGAAAAAUGGGCAAUUUGUGAGAAGCCUGUCUGUCAUGAAGUCCAAGCGGGCUCCGCCUCCCCCGAGGCGCUCUAAUUCUCUCCACAGUAAGUCGAAACUACGCCCACGCGAUCUGGCAGACGUGAGAGGCAUUUCAGGAGAAGCCUCUCUCAAUAGCACCUCAGUCCCAGGUGAGGAAAGUGAAAAAGACAAACUUGAAUUAUCUCAGAUACCCUCCAAGACUGUAGACAGCCCUGGCUACCACGCAGACACGAGUUCUCUAGAUGACUCCACUGGCUCGGCGUCAUUUUCUUUCAUCAAAUCUCAGCUGCAGAAACCAAAGACAGAGGAUGCCAAAAGAGAGACGGAAACAGUUUCCCCAAAAGCUUCACCGGAGAAGAAGGAAACACAUGAGAAGAAGCUCAAUAAAGUAAUCUCCCCAUCCAGUGGCUACUCGAGCCAAGAUGCAACUUCCCCAAAAGUCUCUGAACAUCCUCACAACAACAAGAACAAGAAGGGCAUCUUGGCGAAGCUCCAAAGGUUAUUUCCUGGGUCUACUUCUGCUGGUUCAGCUCUGCCCGCUCAGACACGGCCAGUACGUCCUGAAAUAAAACAAUCCAAUGGGAAACCUAAACCUGACUCCACUGACGCAGUCAGCGCCAGCCCAUCGGUACGGACCCUGAGAGACCUCUUCAACAUCCCUCCUCCACCCAAAGUCCACGCUCCUCCACCUCCUCCCCCCGAGGUAUGGGCUCACAACAAGCGUACAUUUGAGCUGCUCUUAGGACCCCCGGCCCCUGAAAACACCUAUGCCAUCAUAAAGAGGAAUCCAAAGGACAGGAGACAACAGAGACAGUCUCCGUCCGUGUCUUCAGAGGGCUCCGUCAAGAGUUCGGUGCACGAAAGAAAGCACAAGAACCCAACAGUAGCUGUGGAGGCCGUAAAUGGAUCCCCAUGUGUGCUGGAGGCGAAGAGAUUUCAGGAAAAUGGGGUAUUGAAUGGAGAAACUCCCAAAGAGAACAAGGAAAGAUUAGCUGAGAAUGGCGGUUUGAAAGAAAAUAGUAAAGAUGAGAAAGUUAGAGUAUGUGAUAUGUUGAGUGGGGUGUUAAUGAAGGCUGUCGAGAAACGUGAGGGACGACUGGCAGCGACGGAAGAAGGAGGUCAAAACACACCCACCCAAUCUAUAGACGCAAAAACUAACAUGGACACGUUACCGGCCAUUUCAUUAAGACACAUUUCUCCAUCACCGACUUCAACUCCGGGACAACAGCGUCCUCAGCGGCCCACGUUACGGACCGCCGAACCUGCUUCCAUCACAUCAGUGCAGGCCGUAUCCCCCGAGUCGUCCUGGCCCCCCCCGCCUCCACCAAUGGUACCAGUGGGCGUUGGAGGGCUUGAUGAGAUCGACUACCCUCUUCCACCUCCGCCCCUGUUUGGAGAAGGAGGACUAGUGUUGCCUGUUCAGGUGCCACCAAAGGAUCCUGGUUUUGGGGGGGAAUUAUCUCUAAGAACUGGGUUUGUUAAACCAGAGACAAAAGUAGAAAGUGUGGCCAUCCCUCCUCCCCCAGCAUACACAGCUCCCCCUCCUCCACCGUGUUCACCUCCCCCUCCUCCACCUACUACAUCAGUCCAGGCUUCUUCUGCUGAAACAGUUUCUCUGAAAACAGAGGAGGUUUCGCCACUACCACUUCCUGUGGGGUCUGAAGAGUCCCCUAUUUCCGUAGUUCAAGAUGCCAUCCCACCGAUACCAGUAACAUCUGCUUCACCAGCUAAAGAAGCCCUCCCUCCUCUGGUUGUAGAGACCUCCCCUCCACCUCCCGAAGAGGUUGCUGCUCUCCCCGCUGCAGAGUUCACCCCCAAACAUUCUCCAGAAGAUGCCGUUCAGCUUUCAGAAGAUGCCGUUCAGCCUGCUGAAGAUGCCGUUCAGCCUGCUGAAGAUGCCGUUCAGCUUUUUGAAGAUGCCGUUCAGCCCGCUGAAGAUGCCGUUCAGGUUUCUGAAGAUGCCGUUCAGCUUUCUGAAGACGCCGUUCCGCUUUCUGAAGACGCCGUUCCGCUUUCUGAAGACGCCGUUCCGCUUUCUGAAGAUGCCGUUCAGCUUUCUGGAGAUGCCGUUCAGCUUUCUGGAGAUGCCGUUCAGCUUUCUGAAGAUGCCGUGCAGCUUUCUGAAGAUGCCGUGCAGCUUUCUGAAGAUGCCGUACAGCUUUCUGAAGAUGCCGUUCAGCUUUCUGAAGAUGCCGUUCAGCUUUCUGAAGAUGCCGUGCAGCUUUCUGAAGAUGCCGUGCAGCUUUCUGAAGAUGCCGUACAGCUUUCUGGAGAUGCCGUUCAGCUUUCUGGAGAUGCCGUUCAGCUUUCUGGAGAUGCCGUUCAGCCUGCUGAAGAUGCCGUUCAGCCUGCUGAAGAUGCCGUUCAGCCUGCUGAAGAUGCCGUUCCGCUUUCUGAAGAUGCCGUUCCGCUUUCUGAAGAUGCCGUUCCGCUUUCUGAAGAUGCCGUUCAGUGUGUUGAAGAUGCGCCACCUGAAAGUGAACUCCCUGCACCACAAAGUACUCCACCUCCACCCCCUUUGCCAUCAGAGCAGAAGAUUGAUCCGCCACAAGAAAAUGUCCCAUUGAAACCCGAAACUAACACAGAUACCUCUAACAGUAUUCUCAAGCCCCCUGAAAGCAUUCCACCCCCGCCUCCUGCCUCUCCUCUCCUCACACCUUCACAUGUAUCUCAGGCAACAGAUAAACCAGUAAUUGAUGGGGCACCCCCGUCACCUCCAUCUGAGUUCAGAAACCCGCCUUCAUCAGAACAGGCUGAAGAACCGGCUUCUUCUCCAACUGUAACCAUGUCUUUGCCUUCAACCUCACCAGAGGUGAUCGACAUUGAGGACCAGUCUAGUCCUCAAAGCCAAGAGGAGACAUCUGCACCUGUUGUAGAUGAGCAGCCCACCACCGAUACCACACCCUCCCCCCCGAACGUGGUCAACGGCAGCCCUGAACCCCCUGAAGAAGCACAAGAGCAACCAGAGCCGGAGGUCCCAGCGGACCAACAGCAGCCCAGCGGUCAAAUCCCAACCUGCUCCGCCACCAGUGAGGCUCCUCAGAAGCCCAUCCGAAGAUCUCUGAUCGUGGCAUGUCCCACAUCUGCUUCUCCACCCGUUGUUGACGCUUCACAAAUAACAGUACCCAAGUCCGUGUCUCCCGUGCUUCCACCCGCGCCUUCAUCCGCAGGAGCUUGUCCUGUCAAAAAGUCCCCUCCUGCCACGACCAGCGCACCCUCCAUGAACCUGCAGGAGGCCAUCCGCCUGAGGACAGCAGCCAGAUCCAGAGAGAGCUCCUCAUCUCGCUUCAGCCUGUCACCUCCUUCCAAAUCUCCUACCAGCACUGCAAGCUUUAUCUUCUCUAAAAGCAACACGAAGGUCGUGAUUGAGACCAAGCGAAUGCCAGAAGAUAAGGAUACAAAACAUAAGAAGCUGGAGGUUUCCUCUGCAACAAAAGUGAUUAGUGAAGCAGAGGAAACAAAGAAAGGACCCAAGGUGCCGCCACCUGUUGCAAAGAAACCCAAAGCUACGGGAAAAGGGCUUGAGAGUUGUGAAGUUGUGGAGCAGACUGCAGGACAGGAAGCACAGCAAGAAAGUGUCCAUGAUGGUGUUGAAUGAACAAAUGGAGCAGCAGGUUCUGUUGAGGAGGGACGGCGUCAGUGUGUCGUCGAGACUGAAGGAGACCAGGGAAGGACUUAAGAAUAACACUGAAUUUUACUGCAAGUCUUUGUGUGUGCGAGACAAGAAACAGGAUUCGGAGAGAUGGGAUGCUUAAUUCAGAAGCUGUUUUGAAUUUGAUGAUAAUGGUGUGGGUCUUAAUUUCCUGAAGUACUCAUUUUGCAUUUAACAGCGUAAAUGGUGUAUAUUUUGUUUGCUAGACGCCCUCCUGAGUUUUACUGUUAUAAGAGAUGGGAAUAAAGCACCCUCUAGUGUCAGUGAUCGUACCACUCUAAGUAUGUCCUGCUGAAUCAAAGCUUUAGUCUGUAAUUGUAAUCAAUGGGACUUUUGGGUGUUCAUCUGUAAAUAUAGCAAUAUUUUUGUAUAUUUAACAUAUCUAGUAAGAAUGAGUUUAUGUAUAUUUUCCAAAAGAGUUUCCACACCAAUUUAUUUGUUUUGAAAAUAAAAUCUUUAAGUUAUUAUUCCUGUUGUGUUAACAGAAGGGUCUCCACAGACAAAGCUCUCUUUGCAGUCAUUAAAUCCUAACAGCAUAUAAAUAUCUUAGAAGCCACACGCAACUUUUUAUGUGCAUGGCAAUUUCAGAUACUAACACUCACAUCAAGAUGUGCUAGUUUUAUAAAAUCUGCUGUUACUUUUGGUUUCUGACAAAAUGCAAUGCCUUUACCCAUUACAAUUUGUCUUUUCAUUUUUAAUAUGUCAAUGGUUUUAUAGCCUGUAAUGGAGAAAAUCAUUUAUGGUUAAAAAAAAAUAAAGGUUCAAGGAGAGAUCAAAUUUAAUUUAAACAGAAGUCUCUGUAUUCCUUUUUUCAGGUGUCUCGAUCCAUUUAAACCUUAUAUAAUAAACACUUUUAUCCACCAA